CUCUCUCUCUCUCUCUCUCUCUCUCUCUGGCUACUUUUCUCCAAAGUCCAAACCGGGGGUGAUUUACCGCAAAAUUUGCCUAUAAUUAGCACUGUCACUUGUCCUUACCUUAAAAACAGUAGAUUCCCGGGACAUUAAAACCAUGGUCGAACCAAGCAAAAGGAAACUAUAUCAAGAUCCACUAUCUCCACUCUUCUUCCAAGCCUAGAGAAGAAGAACCAAGCAGAUCUCAGGGCAACUUCUUCUGCAAAUGGGUUUGUGAUUUCGUCCCUCAUUGAUGCAGUCCUCCACCUUCUGGUACGAUGAACUUGUAAUUUCUCGUUUCUUGCUCGUUCUCCUACCCCCUCUCCUUGUUUCUCAUUACAUACAAUGCUCGAAGAAAGAGACCCAGAAACCCAAAUUUUGUUUAGCAGCCUGCGGAAAGAUUGAGCAAAAGUUGGUUUUCUUUUUUUUCCUAAUUUUUUUAAAAUUUCCCCCUUUCUUCUAGCAAAAUGAGGGAUUUCCCUUCUUGUUUUGGUGAAAAUGGGGUUCAAGUAGCCGAUGCUUCAUGUUCAAAUGUGAGCAAAGUCUCUCAAAAUUUGGUCACUUGCGUGUACAAGUGCAAAUUGUUUGGCCAGUCUUGCCUGAUCACAAUUACGUGGAGCAAGAAUUUGAUGGGUCAAUGCCUGAGCGUUGAAAUUGACGACUUGUCCAGUCAAUGCCUCUGUAAAGUUGAUGUGAAGCCUUCUUUGUUCACCAAGAGAAAAGGGUCGAAGUGCUUGGAAGUAAAUUCUCGUAAAAUUGACAUGUUUUGGGACCUUUCUUCUGCCAAUUUUGGGUCCGGGCCUGAGCCACUGGAGGGCUAUUACUUGGCAGUGGUUUGCAAGACAGAGAUGGUUCUUCUUGUUGGGGAUCUAAGGAAAGAAGCAUUCAAGAAGACUAAUGCAAUCCCUGCCCUCUCCAAUGCAGUGUUCAUUUCAAAGAGGGAGCACAUUUUUGGGAAGAGGGUAUAUGGAACCAAGGCUCAAUUCUGUGAUAAUGGCCCUGUUCAUGGCCUCACAAUUGAAUGUGAUACAGUCGGUGUCAGUGAUCCCUGUCUAGUCAUAAGGGUCAAUAGCAAAAUGGUGAUGCAGGUGAAGCGGCUCCGGUGGAAGUUCAGAGGAAAUCAGACCAUUUUUAUCGAUGGCCUCCCGGUGGAAGUUUUCUGGGAUGUGCAUAACUGGUUGUUCGGUACCGCUUUUGGGAAUGCAGUAUUCAUGUUUCAGACUUGUUUGUCAUCUGAGAAGUUGUGGACAAGCCAAAUUUUCUCUGAUCCAUGUAUACCACCUUGGCCUUGCUCACACGAGUCGAAAUUACCAGGUCUUGGUUUCUCGUUGAUUUUGUAUGCUUGGAAGAAUGAAUAGAUGGUGUAUUGUCUCCAAGUAAUGCUAACAAUAUCUUUGGUGGGAUGGUUCUACUAAAGAGAUGAUCAUGAAUGAAUUAUAUUUAGUAUGGUGCAUAAAUGGGUAUUGGGUGCGUUUUUGCUCUUUUUUUUCUUCAAUUCAUUUACUCAAAGUAUAAGAUGGAAAAUGGUUUAAUUGUUGUUCUACAUGAUCCAAAUGGAAUGUUUUUGUUCUAAUGUCUUUUGGCCAAAAUGAUUUUGAACUUGGCUCUUGCACAUGAACACCAUGAACAAGUCAUUGCUCAUGCCGAAGUCUUCCACGAAUCAUCUAGGCUCCUGGCACUACUUAGCUGGAGUGGAUAUACUUUGUAUAAAUUUGCUGCAGGAAAUUAGAUUGCUGAAACUGAAUACCCUUCUUUGUGAGUGAAAAAGGAUGGAAUUCAACAUUGGGGUACUCUUGCGGUAUCCUAUCAUUGUGAGUGAAUAUUGUGACAUUUCGUUUAAAUUAUUUCUUGCAUUAUUAGUUUAUGGGUAGCUCAUGUUCAUAUUUUGCCAUUUCCUCUAUUCUUGUUCUGGUGAAGGAUGAUAACCCCCAUUUGACUUGCAAAACCAAAACCUUUCAACCAAUGGUAGCACCGAUGCUUUUGUGCUAUUUACUUCGUUUGAUACUAGCUUUUGCUAAUUCAUGCAUAAUGAUGUCUUAUUUAUUGGGAUUCUUUUGGCCUUGGAUACUUGUUCUUGUGGUGCUUUCAAUUUGCCCCCCACCCAUUUGUUUGUUAUUGUUUUUUCGGUCUGUCUUUUGUUUUAAGCAGGAAACCUUCUUACUUGAAUUAACCUCUUCACGUUCACAAUUACUGUAACCUGUUAGAAUUACCUUCACUUUGCACUCUAUGUUCUCUUUCUAUUGUGCGAUCCAUCCCACUUCAAAAAUGAGACGAAUUGACUUUGAACUUUUUCUCUAUUCUCCUUUUCCCUUUUCUAAAUAUUAAAUUUUCUCUUCUUUAUGGUUGACCGAUCCAGCCACUUCGAUUUCUUUUCUCUUAAUCUUUUUAAAGGUAGAUGUUCCAUAUACUGUUGUUGCAUUGGCCCCUUGAUUGUUUAAUGUUCACUGAAAGUAAAUUUUGAUGGAUUAAGAAGCAUGCUAUCUUUCUUAGUCUUCAAAGCAAUAUGGGGCACAUAUUAGUGGUUGCUGAGUGUCAAAGCGAAGGUAAAUUUUGUGCAAAUCUUUAAAUUAAAAUGCAGAAGUGAUUAUGAGUCUCUGCUGAUUAAUGGAUGUGUUUUCAAUCUUGGAAGUAAAAUCCCUCAAGUGUAAGGGAUUCCCUGCAGCAUACUCGCAGAAAAUUGUCAUUUGAUGCCUAUAAAUGUCAAAAUGUGGAAAGAGCGGUAUAUAUUAUGUCAAAAGUAAUCAUGCUAUGAAACAUGAGCUGAUGUGGAAGUCAAGUGCACUUCUGCUUUUCUUUUCACCUUUAUGCUUUCUGUGGUGAGGAGUAACUCUUAAAUUAUCUAGUCUUUUCUUUUGGCCAUUCUCGUAUUAUCUAGUCGGACUUUUAUUCGCAGUACCAUAUCCAUGUUGUGUAAAUAGUAAGAUACACAGCUAAUAGUUUUAAUUCUGAAAUGAGAAGAAGGGGUGGCCUCGAUGCAUGAGGCUUCUCACUCUGUGAGAGUUAAGAAAGGGUCAUUUUCGCAAAAGUGCAAAGGGGCCGUCUCUGCAACUAAAAUCCGAGACCUUUCAGCAUGGAGGAGCAAACAUACACACAAACAUACGUACAUGCACACACUAACAGACAUGCAGUUUUCUUUUGCAACUUUUAAGUCAAGCCAUUACCCCACUGAAAGUUCACAUUUUCUGCGAGAGUAGAUAGGUCUUUCCUUGUGGCUCACAGAAAAGCUUCAUAAGUAAAACCUGACAAGAGAAUGUACGACCCAACCUCGUGCGAUUAACCAGCUGAACACAGUUCGUGCACACAGGCUGCUGGUGUUGCAAGCCCAAAGUUCAAGCAAAUUUCUAUGGAUCCAUGAAUGGAAGUGUUAUGUCCUGCCAUUCCUGUUCAUGUUUCGAUGUGAUUUCUUUUCUUUGCCUUCAUAUAUGUUUCAACGCAUUACUCUCUUUCCUCUGCUUCUAUCUCUUUACCUUAGCAGCUGCAGUUUGCCGGGAUGGCUUGCCCCCAGUGAUCAAAUUCUUGGCUCUUCUUUGUUUGGCGAAACAUCUGAUAACUCGAGUAAAUGGCUGAGCAGAGUACAAAGUUUCUUUCGACUUGCAGCCACCGACAAGAAUGGCAUCUUUGAAAACCAAAAAGGUAAGGACUCAUUGUUUGCAAGUGGCAUGGCAUGCUGGAUUUUAUCGAUGAAAAUAGCUUUCUUUGAGAAGCACAAGUAAGGCUGCUAGUCCCCCUUGGGCAUUGUCUAUUGCUUCGUCGGAUUUAUAAGCUUGACGAAGUGUUUCUUUAACUAAUAUAUAUAAAAAAAGUAAGUCUGCUUGUUUGAAAACACAUUUGUCAAUGCAAUUAGAGAUACUGCUGCAUCUAACUCUGGCACGUUGAUUGAAUUAGUCCAUCGAUAAGGGCUCCAUCGCAUUGUUUCUGCUUUCUUUUUGACAUUCUCUGUUCUCUGUGAAAACUAAGAAGCAAAACAUAUUCAAACCAUCAUUAUUGUAAGGAUAAUGCUACACGAAGAAAUGGGUUGACAAUUUUAUUGACAACCUCUAUUAACCGUGAUAUUUUGAGGGUAAAAUAUCAUGAUAAAUUAAACUCAAAUUUUUAAAUGUCCGCCCAAUUAUUCCUCAUACUUUCUUUAUCCUUCCUCCCCCUUCCCUCCCUCUCUCUUUCUCCUUCUCCUUCCCUUUUGUCUCACUCUUUCUCUUUGCUCAUUCUUGCUGACGCAUCUGCCCUUUUCCGUUCCAGCCGUUGUCCGCCUUUGCCUCCACUGUCCGCCUUUGCCUUUGCCGUUCCAACUGUUGUCGACACCUCUGUCUCGUCAUUCUACCGUCAAUGCCUCCAUCUCCCCCCCUCCCCACUCUCUUUCUUUCUUUCCUCCUCUCUCGCCUCAUUCUCUAUCUCUGUUCAUUCUCGUUGACACAUCCGACGCCUAGGGUUGGCAAUAUGGAUUGGUGGGUCGUAAUUGUGUCGUGUUGAGAUACACAUAUAACAUAUAUCAGGCUAA